AUGCCGGGAUACACAGACGCAGCUUCCCAAACUGCAGGAGAGUUAGAGCCGCAAAUAUCUAAGGAACUCAAAAGCGAAUCUGCCUUAAACUGGCUCAAAACGGGACAGUUCUACUCCGUAUCCGCAAAGAGACGAGCCACCGUUGGGAAGACAGUUGUACUGGGAGUUAAUGUGGAUAGGGUGAAGACAGUGAGAGAGGGAGAGACUGUUACUCUACACACUGGUUUUACUGGACUACAAAGUGAUGUUCACAUGCUGUGGGCAUAUGGACCUGUGGAUCCAAAGACAAAAAUAGUUCAGAGUCAGAUCCUCAGAGGAGAGAUUAUAACAGAUUACAGUGAUAGAUUCAGAGACAGACUGCAACUGGACAGACAGACUGGAUCUCUCACCAUCAGGAACAUCAGCACCACAGACUCUGGAGUUUAUAAAGUACAAAUUAUCAAUGGAGAGAUCUCAUAUAAGACGUUCAGUUUCACUGUCUAUGCUACUGUUCCUGCUCCUCACAUUAGAGUCAGACAGAGUCGUUCAGCAGGAAGUGGAUCAUCUGGUCCAAAGUGUUCAGUGGUGUGUUCAGUGGAGAAUGGGAGAGAUGUGACUCUGUCCUGGUACAAAGGGAAAGAGAUACUGAACCAGACCAGCAGCCCUGAUCUCAACACCAUCCUCUCUCUCCCUCUGGAGAUAGAAGUUCAGGACAACAACACCUACAGCUGUGUAGCAGCUAAUCCAGUCAGUCACCAGGCAACACAACUCAGUAAAGAACUAUGUCCUUACAGCCCUGGGAACUGA